AUGAAAACUUUAAUCACCUUCUUUGUUCUGCUCAUUUCGCUUUCAUCAAUACAAGGGUGGUGCGAUACUGAACAGGAACUAAACAGUAGAUUUGAACGCGGUGUGUCCUACCUUGAUGCGGAACAGUACGAUCUGGCACUCGCCGAAUUUCAAAACAUCCGGCAGGAAUUCACGACCUCAGAGAGUAUUGGAAGUCUCGCAGAGUGCUAUAUCGGCAUUGUCUAUCAGGAGCUUAACAGCUUAAGCGAAGCGGUAACAGCAUAUCAGAGUGCUUUAGCACUGAAAGCACCGCAGGAUGUGCAUGGAACCGCGCACCUUCAUUUAGGCAUCGUUUACAAAACGCAAGGCGAAUUGACGCAUGCCGAAAACCAUCUCAGACAAGCACUCAUCCUACUUCCUGAAACCUCAGAAGUACACAUCCAUCUCGGUGAUGUGUAUGUGCUGCAACACCGAUUGAACGCCGCUGGAAACGCCUAUCGCGAGGGUAUCCGCUUAAAUCCUGACCACACUGAAUCCUAUUACGGAUUGGGAAGGGUGUCAGAACUACAGAAUCGCCUACAACAGGCGAUGGAAUAUUACGAUGCCGCGCUUGUGCGAAAUCAGUAUUUAUCACAGGCACAUUAUCGGCGCGCCCUCACCUAUCGACGGCUUGGGAAUAGCGAACAAGCAGCUGCUGCGAUGGCACAGUUUCAACACUUGAAAACCUACGAAGACACGGUCCAUCAGUAUAGGGAAGCACUCUACCAAAAUCCGAACCUGCCGAUGCUAUACAUCAAAUUAGGGGAACUGCACGAGGCGUAUAACAAUUUAACAGCCGCAGUUCGGGUUUACGAAACUGCCACACAGGUGCAUCCGUCUUACUUGCCAGCGCACACUCAUCUCGGUGAAGUCCUCAUCAAACAGCGAGCGUUUGAAAAAGCGGCACUGACGUAUCAGAAAGCCACAGAAAUCGCACCAGACGACUCACAGACAUGGCUGAAGUUAGGUGUCAUUUAUAUCAACCAACAGCAGUUUGAACCAGCGAUCGCAGCGUUCAAGCGUGCAAUUGUUGUAGAUAGCACAGCAGCAGAAGCAUAUAACAACUUGGCGCGCCUUUAUUCAGGACUCGGUAAAGAGAUGCAACAGGCAAUUGACUUAGCAAAACACGCUGUCUCUUUGGCACCAACUGCGAGACACUACGAUACGCUCGCAUACGCCUACUAUCGCAACACACAAUAUGCCGAAGCUUUAGAAGCGAUUCAUCAAGCCAUCGCGCUCGCACCAGAUACAGACGCAUACAACAACCUACUAUUGAAAAUUCAGGCGGCGCAAAAGGAGGAUAGAUGA